AUGAAGGAUCCUCUGAUUACCAACAAAGAGGAGAACGUUGGACUUCUCAGAGUGAACCCCAUAAAAGGGGAUCACCCAUCUACCACCCAGCCCAUAAUACCUACCCCCCAGAAGGGUGGGUGCGGGGCAAUUAGACAGCUAUUGAAGAAGAAGAAGGGAAGAUACAACAUGAAGGAUCCUCUGAUUACCAACAAAGAGGAGAACGUUGGACUUCUCAGAGUGAACCCCAUAACAGGGGACCGCCAGCCUGAUGAUACUGCCCCUCCAAGGGAACAAAAUAACGACCCCAUCACCACCAAAAUACAGCCGACUACAGGAGAUGGACCCACUACCAAGAACGAGGAAACCCAACCGGCUACAAACACCGAGGACAAGACAAAGCCAGUGGUUCCGAUCCCCAGUGAAAGUGAGGAAACCCAACCGGCUACAGACACCGAGGACAAGAAAAUUCCAGAGGUUCCAAUCACCAGUGAGAGUGAGGAAACACAACCGACUACAGACAUCGAGGACAAGAAAAUUCCAGAGGUUUCAAUCACCAGUGAGAGUGGGGAAACCCAACCAGCUACAGACACCGAGGACAAGAAAAUUCCAGAGGUUCCAAUCACCAGUGAGAAUGAGGAAACCCAACUGGCGACAGACACCGAGGACAUGAAAAUUCCAGAGGUUCCAAUCACCAGUGAGAGUGGGGAAACCCAACCAGCUACAGACACAGAGGACAAGAAAAUUCCAGAGGUUCCAAUCACCAGUGAGAGUGAGGAAACCCAACCGGCGACAGACACCGAGGACAAGAAAAUUCCAGAGGUUCCAAUCACCAGUGAGAGUGAGGAAACACAACCGACUACAGACAUCGAGGACAAGAAAUUUCCAGAGGUUCCAAUCACCAGUGAGAGUGGGGAAACCCAACCAGCUACAGACACCGAGGACAAGAAAAUUCCAGAGGUUCCAAUCACCAGUGAGAGUGAGGAAACCCAACCGGCUACAGACACCGAGGACAAGAAAAUUCCAGAGGUUCCAAUCACCAGUGAGAGUGAGGAAACACAACCGACUACAGACAUCGAGGACAAGAAAAUUCCAGAGGUUCCAAUCACCAGUGAGAGUGAGGAAACCCAACCAGCUACAGACACCGAGGACAAGAAAAUUCCAGAGGUUCCAUUCACCAGUGAGAGUGAGGAAACCCAACCGGCGACAGACACCGAGGACAUGAAAAUUCCAGAGGUUCCAAUCACCAGUGAGUGUGGGGAAACCAAACCAGCUACAGACACCGAGGACAAGAAAAUUCCAGAGGUUCCAAUCACCAGUGAGAGUGAGGAAACCCAACUGGCGACAGACACCGAGGACAAGAAAAUUCCAGAGGUUCCAAUCACCAGUGAAAGUGGGAAUACUCAAUAUUUCUCAUUUACCACCCCCAUAGACCGAGAAGAAGGAUGGACUUUAAAGCCCAGAGCACGACGGAGUGAUCUGCUUUCAUUCUACAGUGCAUUAUCUUCAUUUGGUUUAAUCCCAGAUGCACUAGAAAGUGCUCCAUCAAGCGAUUCCGUUGACCCGUGGUGUAAACUAUCAUUGGAAAGUUUUAAUUACCAUGAAAUGCUUGGAUUUGGGGCCUUCGGGAAGGUGGUGUUGGCCUCUCAUUAUGCCAUGGAACAGCAGAUGGCGAUAAAAAUAGUGAAAAAAAAUUCACUUAAACAUGACUUCAGUUCUGCUGUUAUGGAGAAGAACAUUCUAGAAGCUUGCACUGGCAGUCGAUUCAUCACUCAUCUGUUUGGAUCAUUCCAGACGGAGACUUAUCUGGUCUUUGUCAUGGAAUUUAUGAGUGGAGGAGAGCUUUGGGGAUUGAUGUCACGGAAAUCUUUGUUGAUGGAACAGAACACCAUAAGAUUCAUCACUGCGGAAAUAUUAUGCGGCCUGCAAUUCCUGCAUUCUCGUCAGAUCAUACACAGAGAUCUCAAACCGGAGAACAUUCUACUGGACGGCGAAGGACAUAUCAAGAUUGCAGAUUUCGGCUUGUCUGUGGCUGGUGUCACCGAGUCCAAUAGGAUCACCGGACUUGCGGGUACACCGUUAUACAUAGCCCCAGAAGUCAUUUACAACGAGCCGUACUUCACAACGGCGGACUAUUUCUCAUUGGGAGUGAUCGUAUACGAGAUGGCCUUCGGCGAGAAUCCCUUCUGUCUCGGCAUAAUGCCCGCCGAUUACAUAUUGAUGGCAAUAAUAAAUAAUGAUCCCUAUUAUCCAGAAGACAUGGACUACUUCCUCUUUGAACUCCUAAGAAGGCUCCUGUGUAAGGACCAAGAAGAGCGAACACGCCUUGUAAGUGACAUCAGACGCCACGAUUAUUUCCAGGGGAUCGACUGGGCCGACUUAGAGGAAGGAAAGUCACCCUCGCCAUUGCAAUCGGCAACAAUGAAUAAGAAACUGAUCUAUAGAAGAAUGAAGAUGGCGGAAUUCAUGACCAGCGUAGACCUGGAUCCUCCAAUACAAGCCAAGGACCAGAAGAACUUUGACGGCUUCUCCUACAUGAGCGACAGCAUGAGGCUGCAGAUACUGGCCACCCCUCCACCACCACCAGAGAGCCAGUUGUUUCUGCAAUAG